AUGCUUAAAAAUCCGCUUUAUGUGUACGGUAAACGGGGAGCGUUGAAGAUUCCCGCGCAUUUCCAUUACGGCGAACUUCUGCUGCAGAGAUUCGGCGGCUACGGUGACCAGGCGGCUGUAAUAAACGCCGAGACAGGCCAAUCGUUGACGUUCCGCCAACUGGUACAGCAGUCUGUCGAUAUCGCGCUCUCGCUCGUUCGUAUCGGCGUGCGAAAGGGUGAGGUGGUGGGGGUGUGCAGCGAGAAGCGAAUUGAAUUCAUACCGACCGUUCUCGGCGUUAUUUGCGCGGGGGCGACUUACACGGGCGUCGACGUCACCGGCGGGAGAGCAACGAUCCUCCAUCGGACUGAAUUGGCGAAGCCCUCAGUUCUUUUCUGCUCCCCCUCAGCUUACGAAGUCCACAGGGAGACCAUAAAAUCAAUCGAUAGUCUGCGAAAGGUCAUCAUAUUUGAGGGCGGGGAGAGAGAGUGGGAUGAUGCAGUAGAAUUCAGCCAAUUCCUGACGGAGACUGCACCCGUUGAGGACUUCCAGCCAAUAGACGUGGAGGGUUGGUCGGACGUAGCCAUCAUUCUUUACUCUUCAGGCACAACCGGUCUUCCGAAGGGCAUCCCCCUGACGCAUCUCAAUCUGCUCCUCUUUUUAGGGGACACGGGCGAUAAAAGCCCAUACGCGAACACCAAGACACUCAUUACUCGGGAAUGGUACUACUCAUACGGUUUAAUGCACACCCUCUUCACCCUAUAUAUGGGUUCCACCGUGAUGUACUGCCCCAGCGGUGACUUGAGACAUUACCUCGAGGCUAUCCAGAGCUAUAAGAUUGACGUGAUUCAAGUGGCUCCUUCAACGGUCUCGGAGCUGCUUUAUUCUUCACUGGUGCCGCAUUAUGACCUGUCCUCCCUCGUCUGCCUAAUAUCCUGCAGCACGACCCUCAGCGCGGAGCUGGGGGAGGCGGUAAAGGCAAGAUUCCCUAAUUUGGGGUUCACCAGCCAGUACUACGGUAUGUCGGAGGCGGGUUGCAUCUGCAGCGAUCGGCGAGCUCCCAAGGGCCAGAAACCAGGUAGCGUUGGCUGCGUCACUGAGGCCUUCACCAUCAAAGUGGUGGACCUAAACACUCGUCUCCCUCUUGGGCCGAAACAGCGCGGAGAAAUCUGUUUCAAAUCACUAUCACUUAUGCCCGGUUAUAUCGGUGACAAGAGCUUAGACUAUUUGGACGAGGAGGGAUGCUUCAAGACGGGCGACAUUGGCUACUACGACGAAGACCGUUAUUUCUACAUAGUCGGAAGGAUUAAGGAGCUCAUAAAGUUCAACUCUUACCAGGUAGCCCCAGCGGAGUUAGAUGCAGUCCUCGCUCAGCACCCGGCUGUUCUUAAGGCGGGAGUUGUGGGGGCUCCUCACGACGAAUAUGGCGAAGUACCAACUGCUUUCGUGGUCCUUCGGCCAGGCUACGAAGCAACGGCCCAGGAACUGGUCGAUUACGUCGACGGACAGGUUUCCUACCGCAUGAGGCUUGCAGGAGGAGUCAGGUUUGUGGACGACCUCCCGACUGUUUCAACCGGAAAACUGGACAGGAAAAAACUUAAAGCGAUUCUGACGGAGGGUAGG